UUCUCUUGUGACAAUCUAAGGAGGAAAAGGCUGGAGUUCAUCUGAGUUAUAAUGUGCUUAGACGACGCAUGGAUGUUCUUCUGGUGCCCAAGGACCAACUACUAAGAGAAGGGACAUGGAAUUAAGUUAACUAUCGGAGUAUUCCUGCUGCGUAGUGAACGUUUUGCUGUUUAUUUUUUGGUAUUUACGAGUCGCGACGGAGGAAAGUUGGCGCAUGGAGAGGAACGAACUUUCAUUUUUGGCGCAGCGUCUUGUCUUUGUUUCGUUUUGUACGUCGCCACUAUUUGUGUACCAGCAUCGUGUUGUUGUUGACGACAAACUGUGAAUAGCGUUGAGCGUACCUGGAGGGACAUUCCUUUGAAGUUAAACAAGCAGAGCGGACAACUUGAGGACGCAUUACGUCUGCUGACACGAUGGACAACAAACCCCUUAUUCAGGACAGACCUCCCGCCUACAACACUGUUCCCGGGGCUUACGAGUAUGGCCCGCAGCAGCACAGCUACGGGGCAAUCCCACCUCCCGCCCCGCCGCCCUACCAGUACCCAGACGGCGGCCAAGGGUACCCCCCAGCCCAAACGGGUACGGCUGUGUCCCAGCAGCCCUACGCUGGGACCUACACAGUCAUCCAGCCCUCUGUGGUGGUGGUAGGAGGCUGUCCCGCCUGCAGAGUUGGUGUUCUGGAGGAUGACUUCACCUGCCUGGGAAUUCUCUGCGCCAUCUUCUUCUUUCCGCUGGGCAUCCUAUUCUGUUUCGCCCUGCGUCAGAGACGGUGUCCCAACUGCGGCGCCACCUUCGGAUAGAACCAUAAAACAGACCUUAAUGCACAGAGAAUCCAGUAUAUUUACUGUCUUUACUUUUUUGUCUUACCUGCUAGCUUCAUGCCACAUGCAGAAAUACACAUUUAUAGAUUCAGAUAUUUUAGAUUUAUUUUAGAGGCAGUAUUUUCUGCAGACAUAUGUCAAUCAUGAGCUCUUCUGAUCAGAACCAGGAGUAGUGGCAGUUUUUGCAACCGUGUGAGGCUCACAUGUUGUCAGUGCUGCGGAUGAGUUUGGAUGGACAGCAAGGAAAGAAGGAUGUAGACAAUGGAUGCCUGCCUGCAGCUUUUUUCUCCAUGUAUUAUUCCCAAGGGGCCAUAUUUGCACUGAU